AAAUCUUACGUUAUUUUGAGCGGCCUAGGUGGCUUCGGGGUGGAAUUAGCUGACUGGCUGAUUCCUCGGGGUGCCCGAAAUCUAUUGCUGAUUUCGCGAACCGGAAUACGAAACGGAUAUCAGCGUUCGAGGGUGGAAUUAUGGAAGUCCUACGGGGUAAAUAUUCAAAUCACUGCAUGUGCUGACGUGUCCGAUCCCAAGGAUUGUGCGGUUAUUUUGAAAUCCGCUGCGGGACUGGGACCCGUGGACGCUAUAUUCAACCUCGCAGUUGUACUCAGAGAUUCUAUCUACAAGAACCAAACCGCAGAAACUUUCGAAGAGUCAUUCAAGCCGAAGGCAAGGGCCACGAAAAUGUUGGACGAGCUCUCGAGGAAGAUAUGCCCAGAUUUCCGACAUUUCGUCGUUUUCUUGUCCGUCUCAUGCGGCCGAGGAAACGCUGGGCAAACUAAU